UCUUGUGUAGUGUUCCAUAUACUGUGUGGUGAACAUAAUGUUGACAGUGUUGUAUUAUGCAGUGGCUUUGACGAUAAGUGCAUUCUUGGUAGUGCUGAAAUGGAACAACAUGAAGUACUCAAAGAAAGGAAUGCCUCCUGGAUCAUUGGGUUUGCCUUUCAUUGGUGAGACUCUCAAAUUUCUCAAACAUGGUCCAGAUUUCAUGAAAGGUCGCAAAUCAAGAUAUGGAAAUCUUUUCAAAACUCACGCAUUAGGGUCUCCUAUUGUUGUUAGCAUGGAUCCUGAUGCCAAUAGAUACAUACUCGUGAAUGAAGCAAAAGGCCUAGUUCCUGGCUACCCCGACUCCAUGAGGAACAUUCUAGGGACUAACAUUGCUGAGGUUCAUGGUGCUACACAUAAACGAAUUAGAGGCUCACUAUUAUCUCUCAUUGGUCCAACUUCAGUUAAGGAUCGACUUGUGCCAGAAGUUGAUGAGUUCAUGAGGUCUUACCUUGACAAUUGGGAUGGUAAAAUAAUUGAUCUUCAAGAAAAAACUGUUGAGAUGUCAUUCUUUAUUUCCUUGAAAGCGGUUGUAGAAAAUGAGCCAAACUCUUUCCUUGAGUCCUUUAAAGCCACAUUUGAUAAGAUGGCAAUAGCAACAAUAUCCUUGCCAAUUAAAUUCCCAGGAACCAAUUAUUAUCGGGGACUAAAGGCUAGGGAAAAAGCGAUUCCAAUGCUAAAAGAGCUCUUAGCCAAGAGAAGAGCUUCUUCGGCUACUCAUGGUGACAUUCUUGAUCAACUUAUGAGAACUGAGAAUGGUGGACACAAACUAGAUGAUGAUGAAAUAAUUGAGCAAAUCAUCACAAUCUUGUAUUCAGGUUAUGAAACGGUAUCAACUACUACUAUGAUGGCUAUCAAAUACCUACAUGAUAACCCAAGCAUUCUUCAGGAAAUAAGGGAAGAGCAUUUUGCAAUCAAACAAAAGAAAAUGCCCGAGGAACAGAUCACUUGGGAUGACUACAAGAAUAUGAGGCUAACUCGUGCGGUAAUACUUGAAACCAUGAGAUUGGCAAGUGUUGUUGCUGGAGUGAUGAGGAGGACCACUAAUGAUAUAGAAUUGAAUGGGUUUAACAUUCCCAAGGGAUGGAGAGUUUAUGUAUACACAAGGGAGACUAACUUUGAUCCUGUACUCUAUCAAGAACCUUUUACUUUUAAUCCAUGGAGAUGGCUGCAGGAGAAAGGGUUGGAGUCUCAUAAUCACAACAUGCUAUUUGGAGCAGGAGGUAGGGUGUGUCCUGGAAAGGAAUGGGGCAUGCUUAAAGUCAGUCUUUUCAUUCACUACUUUGUGACUAGAUACAGGUGGGAGGAAGCAAAGGGAAACAAAAAGCUUGCAAAAUUCCCGAGAGUGUUGGCACCAGAUGGAUUACGCAUAAAGAUCACAAAGUACUAGAAAAAAGAUAUUGAUCUUUCAUAAAUGUUUGAUCAAUACUAUGUCAUGAACUUUUACAAUAGAAACUUUAACAAUAAAAUACGAGUGUUGAAAUGGUAUCUAUUAACUAGAUAUGAACCUCCAGAAUGUGAACCUACGGUAAAUAAGUGUAACUAUUU